UCUGGCCAUGAGACUCUUGUUAAUGUUAUCAGAAGGAAAUCAGAAGCUCUCCAGAAACGUGCAGAAGACAAACCUGCAAGUAAUUAUGGAAAAAAUAUUGAAGAUGCUACUCAUCCAUGCGGACUGCAAAUAGAUAAUCUCAAGAAGAACGUUCAUUCAUCGACGAGAAAGGUCUCGGAGACUGUUGUUACUGCUUUCCGAACAAAAUCAGAAGCUCUUCAGAAACGUGCAGCAGAUAAACCUAUUGGAGUAAGCGGGGAUCACGUUGUUAGCAUCCCGACAGAUGAUGAUGAUCUAUUUACAACAAUCAACACUCCAUUUCUAGCUGAGGUUGACAGAUCUGCAGAGGAAAAAAUAAAAAGUGCCUUAAGAGAAAAGAAUCUGGCAAGUGCAUCAACUUCAAGAGGCCCGAAAAAAGAACCACAUCCAAAAUGGGGGUUUUCACUCGAUGGAUCUCAACCUUCGUUCAGUGCGAUCACACACGACCUACCACCUACACCACCAGAAUAUGUCGCCCGUCCCCCACCGCACAAAUCU